CAUUGCAAGCUGCGUCCACCGACUAAGUUCUGGUUGAAAAUUUUCCAGAUUCCAUUCACCUCGAUUCCAAGGACCAAGGGUAUUCUUGAUUGCUUGCAUUUUUCUGAAUUCCGAUGGCUAACAACGAAGAUAAUCACGAGGAGACAAGUCCUCUUCUCCAGCAAUGUCAAGAAGCUGGAAAGACUGACAGGAAGCACGACUCAUCCAAAACAGGUCCAGCGUCACCAGAGUCUCCGGCAUCGGAGCCCGUUAUCGGAAAUGGGUACGGAUGGACUGCCGAUGGCCUCCCUUUAGCGCACGGGAGCGUGGUGGGCGAGCCUAUGGGUCGGGGCCUUUGGAACUCCAGUAUUUGUGCUUGUCUCGGGCGUAACGAUGAGUUCUGCAGCAGCGAUCUUGAAGUUUGUCUUCUUGGAAGUGUAGCUCCUUGUGUGCUGUAUGGAAGCAAUGUUGAGAGGCUUGGAUCUGCGCCUGGGACUUUUGCUAAUCAUUGCUUGACUUAUAGCGGCCUGUACUUUAUUGGGAAUUCCCUUUUUGGCUGGAAUUGUCUAGCUCCAUGGUUUUCUUAUCCUAGCCGUACUGCUAUUCGCCAGAAGUUCAAUUUAGAGGGAAGUUGUGAGGCACUCAAUAGAUCAUGUGGGUGCUGUGGAUGCUUUUUGGAAGAUGAGAUGCAGCGUGAACAGUGUGAAUCAGCCUGUGACUUUGCAACUCAUGUAUUCUGUCAUGCAUGUGCCCUUUGCCAAGAGGCUCGUGAGCUGCGUCGCAGGCUUCCCCAUCCUGGCCUUAAUGCCCAACCACCAGUCUUGGUUAUGAUCCCACCGGCAGAGCAGACCAUGGGACGCGAGGCUUGAAAAUUACUUUCAUCUCGAGAGUGCUGUUUCUAUAUGUUAUUCCUGAGUGUUGACUUAAUAUAGUUUGUAUGUUGUACAACUGUGGUAAACCUCUUGCGUGAAGAUUCUUCUCUUGCUGGUUGUCUGGUAUAGGCGAAAGCAGGAGAUUGAUAUUUGUCAGUUUGCUAUUAUUGCUGUUUUGUUAUUUAUGUUAUUUUAUAGUAUUGUAUUUAGACUGCAAUAAUUUGUGAAGAACUUUCUUCCA